AUGUACGGCCUGUAUCUGGAAGCCGUGAACGAUUACAUCAACGAGUCGUACGGCGAGGACGUGUGGCGGCUGAUCGAGAACCGUGCCGAGAUCCCACACCUCAAGUUUGUGCGGCACCAGAUGUACAAUGAUAACCUGAUCCUGCGGUUGGCGAAGGCGGCGGGCGAGGUGUUGGGGAAAACGCAUGACGAGCUGAUGUACGCGUUUGGAGUCUACAUGGUCAAAAGAAUUGGCAACUAUGGAUAUGAACGCAUUCUCAAGGUUCUGGGAAGGAACGUGCGAGACUUCAUCAACGAGCUGGACAACCUGCACGAGUAUUUUCGCUUCUCUUUCCCCAAAGUGCAGCCUCCGAGCUUCUGUGUGGAGGAGGAGUGCGAGACCAGCCUCACUCUGCACUACCGCAGCACACGCAAGGGCUUCACACAGUUCGUCAAAGGUCAGCUGUCUCAGGUCGGCCGACAGUUCUACAACACAGACAUAGAAGUCGAGAUUCUGUCCAAAGAGGAGACGGAGAAGAUGACUUAUGUGGUUUAUAAGAUGAACUUUGACAACGCUGCCUUCAAACACCGGAUGCCGCAGCAGAAGACGGCUCCGAGCUACGAGAAGCUGCCGAUGAAGAGGGGCAUCUUCUUCGACAUGUUCCCCUUCAGCGUGAUCUUCAGACGGGACAUGACCAUGUACCGCAUCGGAGACGGACUCAAGGAGGUGUUCUCCGACCUCCAGGGCAAGAAGGUCAACGAAGAGUUCACCCUGGUCCGGCCCAUGCUGGAGUUCAGCUGGGACAACAUCUACACCCAUCUAAACAACGUGUUCGAGCUGAUGUCCAAAGCUGUGGUGGAGAGCAAGCAGAAGGUCAACAUCCCCAAACUGAACAAGGAGGAGCCAGAGGAGAGAGACGACAGCGAAAAGGCCAGCGAAAAGGCCAACGAGAAGGCCAACGAGAAGGCCAUCGAGAAGGCCAAUGAGAAGGCCAAGAGGGAGGAGGAGAGAGAGGCCAAAGCUGCGGAGGAGAGAGAGGAGCGAGUGAAAGGCUCGGACCAGGAGUACAACAGCGCUCUGACGCCGUACAACAGUCCUGCUAACUCCGGCGGAGAAGACAUCGAGCUGCUGGCGUUCCAGACCGUCACAGGGAAGUGCAGUGAGACCAUCUUCGAGGACAUGAGAGAACCCCCAAAGAAACCUCUGCAUCUGAAAGGACAGAUGAAGUACGUGCCUCAGUGGGACUCGCUCAUCUUCCUCGGGACGCCCAUCAUAGAGACGGUGGAGGCCAUGAUAAAGAUGAUGAUGAUGGUGGUGACGAUGAUGAUGAUGAAGAUGAUGAUGAUGAUGGUGGUGGUGGUGGUGAUGAUGAUGAUGGUGAUGAUGAUGGUGGUGGUGAUGAUGAUGAAGCAUAGAGACGGUGGAGGACAUGAUAAAGAUGAUGAUGAAGGUGGUGAUGAUGAUGAUGAUGAUGAAGGUGUCUGCCACAGCAUAGAGACGGUGGAGGACAUGAUAAAGAUGGGCGUCUACGUGAACGACCUGAACCUUCACGACUCCAGCAGAGAACUCAUCCUGGCAGGAACCCAACAGUCUGCAGAACUACAGCUGGCCCUGGAUCAGGAGCAACAGAAGUACGCACAGCUGCAGGAGAUCAUCAAGAAACUGGACGAGGAGAAGAAAAGAGGAGACUCUCUGCUCUACGCCAUGAUCCCCAAAGCUGUGGCCGACCGCCUGAGGAAGGGCAUCACUGCUCUGGAGACCUGCCAGGUGUUCCCAGACGUGACCAUCCUGUUCAGCGACGUGGUGAAGUUUAACGAGAUCUGCAUCCACAUCACGCCGAUGCAGGUGGUGGACAUGCUCAACGAGAUCUACAUCGUGUUCGACACUCUGAGCGAGAAACACAACGUCUACAAGGCUGCAAAACUCACUGAACCAUUCCCUCGGUCCAGUCUGUGGUCCUCAAACCAGUCCCUCGGUCCAGACUGUAGUCCUCAGACCAGUCCCUCAAACCAGUCCCAGAGGUCCAGUCUGUGGUCCUCAAACCAGUCCCUCGGUCCAGUCUGUGGUCCUCAAACCAGUCCCUUGGUCCAGUCUGUGGUCCUCAAACCAGUUCCUUGGUCCAGUCUGUGGUCCUCAAACCAGUCCCUCGGUCCAGUCUGUGGUCUCAAACCAGUCCUUGGUCAGUCUGUGGUCCUCAAACCAGUCCCUCGGUCCAGUCUGUGGUCCAAAACCAGUGCCUCAAACCAGUCCUCGGUCCAGUCUGUGGUCCUCAACCCAGUCCCUCGGUCCAGUCUGUGGUCUCAAACCAGUCCCUCGCUCCAGUCUGUGGUCUCAAUACAGUCCCUCGGUCAGUCUGUGGUCCUCAAACCAGUCCCUCUGUCAGUCUGUGGUCCUCAAACCAGUCCCUCGGUCCAGUCUGUAGUUCUCAGACCAGUCCCUCAAACCAGUACCCUCGGUCCAGUCUGUGGUCCUCAAACAGUCCCUUGGUCCAGUCUGUGGUCCUCAAACCAGUCCCUCGGUCCAGUCUGUGUCCUCAAACCAGUCCCUCGGUCCAGUCUGUGGUCCUCAAACCAGUCCCUCGGUCCAGUCUGUGGUCCUCAAACAGUCCCUCGGUCCAGUCCGUGGUCCUCAAACCAGUCCCUCGGUCCAGUCUGUGUCCUCAAACCAUCCCUUGGUCCAGUCUGUGGUCCUCAAACCAGACCCUUGGUCCAGUCUGUGGUCCUAAAACCAGUCCCUCAAACCAGUCCCUCUGUCCAGUCUGUGGUCCUCAAACCAGUCCCUCGGUCCAGUCUGUGGUCCUCAAACCAGUCCCUCGGUCCAGUCUGUAGUCCUCAGACCAGUCCCUCAAACCAGUCCCUCGGUCCAGUCUGUGGUCCUCAAACCAGUCCCUCAGUCCAGUCUGUGGUCCUCAAACCAGUCCCUCGGUCCAGUCUGUGGUCCUCAAACCAGUCCCUCGGUCCAGUCUGUAGUCCUCAAACCAGUCUCUCGGUCCAGUCUGUGGUCCUCAAACCAGUCCCUUGGUCCAGUCUGUGGUCCUCAAACCAGUCCCUUGGUCCAGUCUGUAGUCCUCAAACCAGUCCCUCAAACCAGUCCUUCGGUCCGUCUGUGGUCUCAAACCAGUCCUCAAACCAGUCCCCUCGGUCCGGUCUGUGGUCCUCAAACCAGUCCUCGGUCCAGUCUGUAGUCCUCAGACCCAGUCCCUCAAACCAGUCCCUCGUCCCUCAAACCAGUCCCUCGGUCCAGUCUGUGGUCCUCAAAACCAGUCCCUUGGUCCAGUCUGUGGUCUCAAACCAGUCCUUGGUCCAGUCUGUGGUCCUCAAACCAGACCCUCAAAACCAGUCCUCGGUCCAGUCUGUAGCCUCAGACCAGUCCCUCAAACAGUCCUCGGUCCAGUCUGUGGUCGCAAACCAGUCCAUCGGUCCAGUCUAUGGUCCUCAAACCACACUCGGUCCAGUCAGUAGUCCCAAAACCAGUCCCUCGGUCAGUCUGUGGUCCUCAAACCAGUCCCUCGGUCCAGUCUGUGUCCUCAAACCCGUCCUCUGUCCAGUCUGUGGUCCUCAAACCAGUCCCUCGGUCCAGUCUGUGGUCCUCAAACAGUCCCUCGGUCCAGUCUGUAGUUCUCCGACUAGUCCCUCAAACCAGUCCCUCGGUCCAGUCUGUAGUCCUCAGACCAGUCCUCAAACCAGUCCCUCGGUCCAGUCUGUGGUCCUCAAACCCAGUCCUCGGUCAGUCUGUAGUCCUCAGACCAGUCCUCAAACCAGUCCUCGGAUCCAGUCUGUGUCCUCAAACCAGGCCCUUGGUCCAGUCUGUGGUCCUCAAAACCAGUCCCUGGUCCAGUCUGUGGUCCUCAAACCAGACCUCAAACCAGUCCUCGGUCCAGUCUGUAGUCCUCAGACCAGUCCCUCAAACCAGUCCUCGGUCCAGUCUGGGGUCCUCAACCAGUCCUCGGUCCAGUCUAUGGUCCUCAAACCAGUCCCUCGUCUGUGGUCCUCAAACCAUCCCUCUGUCCAGUCUGUGGUCCUCAAACCAGUCCCUCGGGUCCAGUCUGUGGUCCUCAAAACCAGUCCAUCGGUCCAGUCUGUAGUUCUCAGACUAUCCCCCUCCAAACCAGUCCUCGGUCCAGUCUGUGGUCCUCAAACCAGGUCCCUUGUCCCCGUCUGUGGUCCUCAAACCAGUUCCUCGGUCCAGUUGUUGGUCCUCAAACCGUCCCGUGUCCGUCUGUGGUCCUCAAACCAGUCCCUCGGUCCAAUCUGUAGUCCUCAAACCAGUCCCUCGGUCCAGUCUGUGGUCCUCAAACAUUCCCUCGGUCCAGUCUUGUGGUCCCAAAUCAGUCCCUCAAACCAGCCCUCGGCCCAGUCUGUGGUCCUCAAACCCAGUCCCUCGGUCCAGUCUGUAGUCCCUCAGACCAGUCCCUCAAACCAGUCCCUCGUCCAGUCUGUGGUCCUCAAACCAGCCCUCAGUCCAGGUCUGUGGUCCUACAAACCGAUCCCUUGGUCCAGUCUGUGGUCCUCAAACCAGUCCCUCGGUCCAGUCUGUGGUCCUCAAACCAGUCCCUCGGUCCAGUCUGUAGUCCUCAGACCAGUCCUCAACCCAGUCCCUCGGUCAGUCUGUGGUCCUCAAAACCAGUCCUCAGUCAGUCCUGUGGUCCUCAAACCAGUCCCUCCGCAGUCCAGUCUGUGGUCCUCAAAACCAGUCCGCGUCCAGUCUGUAGUCCUCAAACCAGCUCUCUCGGUCCAGUCUGUGGUCCUCAAACCAGUCCCUUGGGUCCAGUCUGUGUCUGUGGUCACAAACCAGUCCCUCAAACCAGUCCUCGUUCCAGUCUGUGGUCCUCAAACCAGUCCCUCGGUCCAGUCCUGUAGUCCUCAGACGACCAGUCCCUCAAACCAGGUCCUCGGUCCAGUCUGUGGUCCUCAAACCAGUCCCUCGGUCCAGUCUGUAGUCUCAACCACGUCCCUCAAACCAGUCCCUCGGAUCAGUCUGUGGUCCUCAAACCAGUCCUUGGUCCAGUCUGUGGUCUCAAACCAGUUCUUGGUCCAGUCUGUGGUCCUCAAACCAGACCUCAAACCAGUCCCUCGGUCCAGUCUGUAG